AUGGGUAUCACAAGCCCACAGGGAAAGGAGCGUUUCGUCUGUGCCGCAUUCCCAUCGGCGUGCGGUAAAACGAAUUUGGCAAUGCUUGAGCCGGCCAUACCUGGAUGGAAAGUGCGCGUUGUCGGUGAUGAUAUCGCGUGGAUGAAAUUCGGUGCUGACGGGCGUCUGUAUGCAAUCAACCCGGAAGCUGGAUUUUUCGGCGUUGCCCCCGGAACAUCACACAAAACGAACCCGAUGGCAAUGGCGAGCUUCCAGAAAAACUCCGUUUUCACAAAUGUAGCCGAGACAGCCGAUGGCGAAUAUUUCUGGGAAGGACUUGAGAAGGAACUCAAAAAUCCGGCAAGUUUUGGGAAAGUUGAUAUGAUUGACUGGCUUGGUAAGCCGUGGCAUCUUGGAGAUCCGAGCAAAGCGGCGCACCCGAACUCACGAUUCACUGCACCUGCGGGGCAAUGCCCGAUCAUCCAUCCGGACUGGGAGAAACCCGAGGGCGUGCCCGUUGAUGCUAUCAUUUUCGGAGGUCGAAGACCUGAGGGCGUUCCACUUGUGUUUGAAUCUCGCAACUGGGUUCACGGCAUUUUUGUUGGCGCCUGUGUGAAAUCUGAGGCCACUGCGGCAGCCGAACAUGCAGGUAAGCAAAUCAUGCACGACCCAAUGGCCAUGCGACCAUUUAUGGGAUACAACUUUGGCCGUUAUAUGCGCCACUGGAUGAAACUUGGACAGCCUCCGCACAAGGUUUGUUGCCUGCAGUGUUCGAUCAAUUUGGAUGGUCUUCCGAGUGUGAACUGGGCAGAACUGAUGUCCUUGCCCAAAAAGUACUGGUUGGAGGAUAUGGAAGAAACAAAGCAGUUCUUCGCGCAACAGAUUGGCUCGGAUCUUCCGCCUGAAAUUGCAAAGGAGCUCGACGAUCAAACCGAGAGAAUUAAAGCAAUGCCGUGA